GACCCGUCGCCACAAGAGAGAUCUGGUUUAGCGCUAUCGGAAAUUUGGGCCUAAAAACCCAUUAAUUUGUCCGUUUUCCUCAACAGGAGAGCGGAUAACGCUCUGUGGGGCGGUGUAGUUCCACAACAAGGGGAGGAAAGGCGUAUUUUCCGGGGUUAAUCCCCCGCAUUCGCGCGCUAGUCUUUUCGCUAACUCGUCUUUGGGAGACAUUUUGGAUUUGGUGUCUCUUGUUUUUUUUCUCGGUUUGUUUUGUGGUCAAGAUGUCGCCGUGAUGGAGUAUCCGGGUUUGAUAGAAAUGAGCAAGGGCCUUUGCUGCCUGACCCGCACCUCUUAUAACUACCCGCUUUUUUCAUUUCUUGUCCCGUUUAAUGCUAGAGAGCUCGGCUGCUCUCUGCCCGGAGCUCGGCCUCAGUCCCUCACCCAGAGUCAUGGAGAAAAACCCGAACACCAGCAACACCAAGCUCCCGCCCCGGUCCAGCUCCACAGGCCCGGCGCCCUCAGACUCUAAAACUAAAACAGAUGCAAAGAACAAUGGCGGCUCCAAGCGCUACAACCGUAAGCGGGAGCCUGCCUUCCCCAAAGCAGAGAGUUUUCCAGGCCCCCGUCGCACCCACCCACAGAAAGGCAAGAAUUUCGACAAGAGACCCCCCCAGAGAGGUGGAGGAGGAGGUAGACAGGGUGGGCUCAUGGGCGGUGGGAGAAGAGAAGAGGUAGUCGAGACACGCCGGGCCGAGUUCAGCCCGGCUCAGUUUUCUGGACCCAAAAAGAUCAGCUUGAACCACUUGCUCAAUUUUACCUUUGAGCCGCGCGGAAGCCACGUCGGCUCCGUAGGCGACAGCCACUCAUGCUGGGGUCGCCGCAACAAGUGGGGUCACAAACACAAGCCCUUCAACAAGGAGCUGUUUCUGCAGGCCAACUGCCAGUUUGUGGUGAUGGAUGACCAGGAUUAUCAAGCUCACUUCUCUGACCCUGACACGCUGGUCAGCUGGGACUGUGUGCAGCAGGUGCGCAUCUACAGCCACGAGGUGCCGUCGUGUCCGAUCUGCCUGUACCCCCCGGUGGCAGCUCACAUGACCCGCUGUGGCCACAUCUACUGCUGGCCCUGCAUGCUGCACUACCUGUCUCUGAGCGAGAAGACCUGGUCCAAGUGUCCAAUCUGCUACGAGGCCGUGCACAGCGCAGACCUCAAGAGUGUUGUUGCUAUGGAGACACGUCAGUACGUACCCGGUGAUGUCAUCACCAUGCGCCUGAUGCGCAGGGAGAAAGGCGUGUUGGUGGCUCUGCCCAGCUCCCAGUGGGUUAAAGUGGAGGAGCCUAUUCGCUUUGGAGAUGUGCGUCUGAGCUCUUAUUCCAAGCUGCUGCUGGCGUCUCAGGAUCAGGUUCUGGGUCUCCUGGCGGAGGAGAGAGCGGCGCUGCAGGCUCAACUGAAGCAGGAACAGGACGACCCUCAGGCCUGCUUCAUACAGAGCGCUUUACUGCAGCUGCAGGAGCGUGAGGACGGCCUGCUGAAGAGGAACGUUCCGGAUAAGCGUUCCUGCGGCGUGGAGAGUGCAGACAUGAUGAAGCUCUCUCUGACCGACUCGAGUGUUCCCGAGGUCGUGGUCAACAAGCUCACCAGCUCCAAGCCCGUUCUGCAGUACGCCUCAGCGUUCGAUGAUGAGAUUCAGGAGACCAGUGACGAGGUUCCCGAGGUCGUGCCUGAACAGGAAGUGACUGAGGUGGCCGAAGAUGUGCUGGAUGGACCGAGAGAGGAAACCCUGAGUAAUGAGGCCGGGGCGCAGCCGAACUCUCAGCACGGUCCUUACUACUACUUCUACCAAGCGGAGGAUGGACAGCAGAUGUUCCUGCACCCGGUGAACGUUCGCUGCUUGCAGAGGGAGUACGGCAGCCUGGAGAACAGCCCUCAGUCCAUCAGCGCCACUGUAGUGGAGAUCGAGGGCCACACCGUUAACGAGGACGUUCGUCGGCGUCAUCGUUACCUCUCUCACCUGCCCCUCACCUGCGAGUUCGGCAUCUGCGAGCUCAACCUCCAGCCACCGGUCCUUUCUAAGGAGACACUGGACAGUUUCUCAGAUGAUCUGGAGCGCAGGAGACGUGCGAGGCAGAAGAAGGCGAGGGACGAGAAGAGGAGGGAGAAGAGGAUCGAGAUGGAGGAGAACCGGAAACAGGGGAAAUAUCCAGAGGUGCACAUUGGGCUGGAGAACCUGCAGCAGUUCCCAGCGUUUGGUCCCACUCCUCAGUACAGCCCGUCAGGACAGAACCCAGAGUUCCUGCUAGGACCUCCCUCUCCUCUGAGCAGCAGUCCUGCCUCGGACACUGCGAUGUUCCCGAGUCUGAGCGGAAGCAGUCCGUCCUUCAGCGUGGGCAGCGUGGAGGAAGACUCGCCUUGCAUGUCCUUCGCGCAGAUGCUGAGAGACGGAAAAGCAAGAGCAGAUGUCUGGCCCAAACUGCCUCCAAAGAAAGACACGUUCCUCGCUCCUCCGGCGGCCGACAGCGACGGCGAGAGUGACGGAUCGGACCGCGUGCCGGUUCCCAGCUUCCAGAACUCCUUCAGUCAGGCGGUUGAAGCGGCGCUGCUGCAACUGGAUCACAAACCAGCAGCCAAGGCUGAAGCUCCGCCCACUGCCGAUGAGAAAGGAGGGAAGAAAAAGAAGAAAAAGCAGAAACUUCUUUUCAGCACUUCUAUGGUUCACACAAAGUAAACAACGCUGCAGACCAAGUCACACUUUCACGCCUCCUCCCUUUUCUUUUUCCUUUCCAGUUACUUUUUUUCUUUCUCCCCCUUCGUCCUUUCUCUCUUGUGCUCUAGCGUGUUAGUUUAUUUAGUCACGGCUCAGAGACUAGCUGAGAGUUUAACAAACUGAAUUAGACUUUGUACUGCUAACACGUGGCUAUAGACUAUAAAAGUAUUAAAGGAUCAUGUGCAUCAUUUGAGUUCUGUUUGGCGCUUUAAAUCAAACACCGGUGAUGUGGCGAUGAAUCAUUGCUGUGUGAUGCACAUCAUACAGAUAUUUACUUUCACAGAGCUUUACUCUGCGGCACAUAAAAUUAAUCUAACGCGUAUCGUCGCUCAGCUCUAUUUAGUGAGAAAUUCCCAAUUUCACAAAAGUAGCUUGCAUGGAUAUUAAAACUUGCGCCAGGGGUUCAGUGUGCGAGGGUUUAAACCGCCAGCAGUCAGCCAGCUGCUGAGUUCACACGCUGAACCCCUGACGGAUCGAACAGAGACGCUCGUGAGCUUUAGGUAAAGUUCGUCCACUUCACCGUGCGCUGCUCAUUUCCCUUCUUCCUUCAUUUUUUUCUUUACAGCUCACUAAGGUACUUUUUUUUUUUUUUCAAAAGGUGUUUUCCACCGAUUUCAUCACACACACCACAAUCUGAACCACGUUUACUUCAUCUGCUGCUUCAGCAAGUCCUCACAAACACAACAUAAAGGCUGGGUUAAGACUGAGAUGUUUAACUGCAGGAUUUAAGGAGGAGUUUGAGCUCCAGUUUUUCAUGUAUUCAAGUUGCUUUAAAAAAAAAAAAAAAAAGAUGGUGGAAUUUUGUUGAGGGUUUAUUUGUUUAUUUUAGUUUCUUUUUUCCCCCUCCCUUCUCCUGAUUCCCUAUUGGGAAUCUUAUUAUUAUACACCUGCAUAUUGAUUUGAAGAAUAAAAAAAAUAUAUAUGCAUCGCC